AUGUCAUCAGUCAAACGCUUGGUUUAUGCAGUCAUCCAUUUCUUGAGAGAGCAGAGUCAGAUGGAUACUUUCACUCCAGAUGAGCAAGAAAGUUUGGAAGUUGCAAUUCAGUGUUUGGAGACUGUGUUUAAGAUUAACUUGGAUGAUACUCAUCUUGCACCUCCCCAGCAUUUGAUAGAAAUGUUCACAAAUUCUUUUCACAAGAAUGACAUGCUGCCUCUCUCAGAUUCUUUACCAGAGGAUGCUGAAAAGGCAGACCAGCUGAAGGAUGAAGGUAACAAUCAUAUGAAAGAAGAAAACUAUGGUGCUGCAGUAGAUUGUUAUACUAGGGCUAUAGAACUGGAUCCCAACAAUGCAGUCUAUUACUGCAACAGGGCUGCUGCUCAAAGUAAGCUGAACAACUACAAUGAGGCAAUAAAGGAUUGUGAGAGAGCCAUAGCAAUAGAUCCAAAGUACAGCAAAGCAUAUGGGAGAAUGGGGUUGGCUCUGACCUCAGUGAAUAAAUACGAAGAAGCAGUUACCAGUUACCAAAAAGCACUGGAUCUUGAUCCAGAGAAUGACUCUUAUAAGUCAAAUUUGAAAAUAGCAGAACAGAAACUAAGAGACAUGUCCAGUCCUACUGGACCUGGACUGAGCUUUGACAUGGCAAGCCUGAUAAACAAUCCUGCCUUCAUUAGUAUGGCAGCAAGCUUAAUGCAGAAUCCUCAAGUUCAACAACUGAUGUCGGGGAUGAUGUCAAAUGCCAUUGGUGGCCCUGCUGCGGGUGUUGGUGGCCUGUCAGAUUUGUCCAGCCUGAUCCAUGCGGGGCAGCAGUUUGCACAACAGAUACAGCAGCAGAAUCCUGAGCUCAUAGAGCAACUGAGAAAUCAUGUCCGGAGCAGAUCAUUCAGUGGCAGCACUGAAGAACAUUCUUGACUUAAAGGAGGCAUGUGAAUUGUAAUGGUAUAUAACCCCCAAAUGCAUACCAUAGCUAGUAGCAAAAGCACCAUUGUAACUCUUCUGCUUGAAGACAGAAAAUUCUUUGUGCGUGU